UAUGGCGUGGUCAUCAUCCUCCAACACUACUCCACAAAUGCACGAGGUUUUCAUUAGCUUUAGAAGUGAGGAUACCCACAAGACAUUUACAAGCCAUCUUAAUGGUGCUUUGAAAAGAUUGGAUAUUAGUACCUACAUAGACAACAACCUUGAGAGUGGAGAUGAAAUACCAACUACCCUUGUUAGGGCCAUUGAGGAAGCUAAGCUUUCUGUGAUUGUUUUCUCUAAAAACUAUGCGGCUUCCAAGUGGUGUUUGGAUGAACUUGUGAAAAUACUUGAGUGUGGAAAGACUAGGAGGCAAGUUAUAAUGCCUGUUUUCUAUGAUAUAGAUCCUUCCGAUGUAAGGAACCAAAGGGGAAGCUAUGCUGAGGCUUUUGCUAAACAUGAGCAAAUUUUUCACGAAAAUAAAAAGGUGAAAGAAUGGAGGAAUGGUUUGAUUGAAGCAGCCAAUUUUUCUGGUUGGGAUUGCAACGUCAACAGGACAGAAUUAGAAAUUGUUGAAGAAAUUGCUAUGGAUGUGCUCCAAAAGCUGAAUCAUGCGAACGUCAGUGAUCUGAAUCACCAGAUCAAAAAGUAUGAGCAACUUGCACAACUUCAGGAACAAUAUUUUCAGAGCAAACCCACUUCAGAUAAUUGGAAAAAUCAUAAUGCAACAGUUGAACGUAUCACAGAACUUAAAAUGGAGAGAAGUAUCCGUUUGCUUCGUUUGACACCUGAUAUGCUCUCGCAUAUGGAAAAUUCAAGACCUAAUAAU